AUGAAUGGUGAAGACUACAGCACCAUUUAUGACACAGUUCAAAAAGAGAGGAGGUAUGAGGUUCCAGACCAGCCAGAAGAAGAUGAAGGUCCUCUUUAUAAUAACAUCCAUGAAGACGUGAGGUCAGAAAACAAUUUAUAUGCCACUAAGCUGGAAACCCAUGAAUAUGACUCUGUAUCAGUUUAUGUUGUAGGGGCUGAGGAGAACGGCGUGGCCUCUUCCCAGCCCGAAGAAGAAGACUACUUCCUACCUGAUGAAGCAUAUCCUGAGGCCCAGGAUCUUCAACCAGGUGAGCCCCAGGAAGACAGGGACAUCUUGAUGGAAGAAUUAUACUCACCAACCCAGGACCAGGAGCCCAGCCCAGAAGAGCUCCAGGAGAAUGGAAGAAUGAUGAAGGAAGACCUGCCAUCUCCUUCAAGCUUCACUAUCCAGCAGAGCAGGGCCUUCUCUGCCAGCGAGGCUGCCUCCACCUACUAUUCUGCUCCUGAUAGUUUGGAAGAAGAUGAAUUAGCUUCCGUGAACCCUGAGAUUUACCUCUUUGUGAAGGCUGGAAUCGAUGGGGAAAGCAUCGGCAACUGUCCCUUCUCUCAGCGCCUCUUUAUGAUCCUCUGGCUGAAAGGAGUCGUGUUCAAUGUCACCACUGUGGAUCUGAAAAGAAAGCCAGCCGACCUGCACAACCUGGCCCCUGGCACCCACCCGCCCUUCCUGACCUUCAACGGGGACGUGAAGACCGAUGUCAACAAGAUCGAGGAGUUCCUGGAGGAGACUUUGAUCCCUGCAAAGUACCCCAGACUGGCUGCAAAACAUCGGGAAUCCAACACAGCAGGCAUCGACAUCUUCUCCAAGUUCUCCGCCUACAUCAAAAACACGAAGCAGCAGAACAAUGCUGCCCUUGAGAGAGGCCUGACCAAGGCGCUGAAGAAGCUUGAUGACUACCUGAACACCCCUCUGCCAGAGGAGAUCGACGCCAACACUCGCGGGGACCAUGACAAGGGGUCCCAGCGCAAGUUCCUGGAUGGGGACGAGCUGACCCUGGCCGACUGCAAUCUAUUGCCCAAGCUCCAUGUGGUCAAGAUCGUGGCCAAGAAAUACCGCAACUACGACUUCCCGGCUGAGAUGACAGGCCUGUGGCGGUACCUCAAGAAUGCCUACGCCAGGGACGAGUUCACCAACACCUGUGCAGCAGACAAAGAGAUCGAGUUGGCCUACGCCGACGUCGCCAAGCGCCUCAGCCGAUCCUGAGUCUGACGUCUUGCCCCGCCCCCGCUGCAGAAGAACUCACCUUCCCCCGAAGGACUCCGGCUUCACAGGCUCCUCUUCCGCAUCGUCUCGGGAAACAUUUGUUUUCAUCAGGUCACAUCUUGCUGGCAUCAUCGAAACUCCAGAUUGCCGUCUUUUAUGAAUGUCAGCGCCAACCCCACUUGAUUAUGCAGGAAUCUGCAAGCAGAAAUGAUAGAUAUAGUCAAGCUCUCAGCUUUUGGGCCUGGUCUGGGUUCAGCGUAUUCCGGGGCUCAAUGUUGGAGAAUCCAGAUAUGGGAUUGUCACUGGUCCCUUCUGCCAAUGUCAAACUAUCUCAGAUGUGUUAGGAACCUGCAACACCGUGUCCUCUUCCAUCCUCCUCUCUGUCAGUAACUCCACGGCCCAGGACAAAUGCCAUCUUAGUUCUUACCUGACAGAGAUCCACUGCUGUUGGGGGCGACAGAGAGAGUGAACGGAGAAGACGGAGCAGCCUGUGGACUUUGGCGUCUGGCAGGCACACCUUCAGUCACUCACUAAUUUCUGACACUCCGGUCCCCUUGGGCACUGAAGGCCAGAUUGGCAAACCACUCAGACACGGUCUCAGUUUGCUGCAGUGCCAUGAAGGCUGCGAUGCCGUGGCGCACCUGGCUGAUGAUGACCUCCGUUUCUAUGCUGUCCAGGCCUUGCCAGGAAAGGAAAUUGGCACGCGAUUCAAACUGGGGUGACGGGGAAGGAAGGGGAGGGGAGCAAUGUCGAUGCCAAAAGGCCCACAGGGGCCUACCAGCCACGGGGUGUGCUCGCUUAGGGUAACUGUUUCAUUGGAGAUUACCUGCUUGGGUUUGACUAUAUUUACCUGUGAGUGAGUUUUGGUCUGUGAGAAAGCAGAUGGGGGGAGGUGGAGGGAUGAGUGAAGAUAAAGAAGUUCUUUAUGAGGCUCAAUGUUCCCUGGGAAUCUUUAAGACAGGUCUUUUCUGUCAUGAUCUAACUAAGUCUUGAACUGGUGAUGUCAUGUAACUACGAACCUUAUAGCAAAAAUGCAAGAAUUGGCCAAAAAUGACUUUCCAGUCUCUUUAAGUUGUUUCUGGAUGCAGGUCUGCUAUCUGGGUGCUUUCGGACAGCCGCUCGUGGCUGAUUCAGCUGCAGCCUCUGAUGGGCAAGAGAUCCAUUUAGGAGGUAGCAUGAUCAUGGAAGACCUUAGGAAGAAAGUCCAUGGGCCUUUCUGACUGGGAAACCACGUGGUUAGAACUCAAAGAAAAAUAUACGCCCAUCUAGGUUCAUUUUCCUACCAUCUGACUCAACUGCCAGAUGAAAACAAGGGAACUUUUUUUAGCUAGUAUUUCACUCCUUAGACUUUCUCCUUGAGUUUCACCUCCUUAAAAGCUUACCCCACUGGAGCAUGGGGACCUGUGCAGAGGAAACUAAGAAAAAUGAACUAAUCAUCGGCCCCCUCUCCCAGUGAACGCCCUAUGAGAAAAUCCACCCGCCACAGCCAUAGACCCUCACCUUCAACAAUCCUUCCUUCUGUGUUGCGUGCUGCUCCAGGGUGAGGCUCCCAAGUGCCGGAAAGCCCCAGGACUUGGCUCAUUGCUCAGCGAGGGCAGGACAGCACGGUCCUUUCCAUAGAAACAUCAACAAAUUCUAACCCCGGCACUCCCCAGACCUACCUGCCUCCUGGGAUCUCUGAAUAAAAAACGUGACCCAUUGAUCAGAGCAGAGGGAGGAAGCAGGGGUCUCCUGUAGCCCAUUGAGGGAGAGGAAAUUUCUCAGAACACUUUAUAAGCCCGAGAGCUUUGCAAAGGCAGAAGGAGUUGAUUCAUUUCCACUUCUAAAGAAACCUUUCCGUCGACUCCCUGGAGACUUAGUCUCUGGAGAUGUUUAAAAAGGAGAGCUGGUGAGGAAACAGUCCUUUUUCUGUAGUGAAAGGCCCCAAAGUGGCCUCCUGGGAGAUGAAAACUUGAAUGAUCCCAAAGGCCUUUUGAUUAGUGUGAAGUCAUGUUGUCCUCCUGGGAAGUUCUUCCCUGAAUCUAACAGCACAAGCACGAUGACCUAAGAGGCAGUUCACUUUCUCGAGACCCACAGGGUAGUGUUCUUGAAGCACUUCCGUGUAGCAUGCCAGUGUGACACAGAAAACAAAAGGACGCCCCGGGGAGUGGCUCCCCUAGAGAAGUUACUGGAUACUAAGGACUCUGAUUUGAUAUUCAGAAUUCAGCAAUUAGCGAGUCUUUAAAAACAGUCUUUAAAAACAAACAAGCCAAACCAAAUCAAUAUUGUUGUUUCUAGAUGUUCCUUCUGUGGUUGAGUUAGUUUUACAUAAAUAACAAUAUUAUGGCACUGGAGGAGGCACUUAUAUGAUCGGCUGUAAGCAUUUAAAAGAGAAGGUGGAGUUACAAAUAGAAGGCACUUCCGGGUACUUCUUUUGAGAAUAUCUUUUUAUUUCAACUGUAGGUUAUCAUAUAAUGCCACUGACUAUCGACUUAGAGCUUUAAUGUCUGACGACCAGAUUUAUCAGAGUAUUUUUAGAUAACAAUAAUAUUACCUUCUGAAUUUUUUUCAAAAGAGAUUUUUCUCCAGGUCCUUCAGGCUCCCUGGCUUUUGGCAAUAACCUUGUCACAUACACAGCAACUCAUUUCCCAGCAACAGUGUGGUGAGGUCCUGAGGUGUCCCCAGAACCAACGCAUGGAGUAUUGAAAGUUUGCAGUUUGGACUCCACACUCCAGAGUUUUAAGACCCCUUGACAUUGGUCUUGAGUGAAUAUUGAUGACUCAGAAAGCAUUUCAGUGGCACUGAAAGGGGAUUUGUUUGGGUGGAGAUCCUAUUUUAUUUUGGAUUUAUUUCUCUCCUCUGACUUUCAUGUCACUAUUUUUUGUGAGGUAGUGUAGUGGGAGGCAGAGGCAGAAGGAAGAAUCAAAUUCAGAGUGACUGCGUUGAAUUUACUCCUCUAUUCAGUACUGCCUACCUCUCAGUUUGGCUCAGAAGAAGGUAUUGGAUAAGAUUUUAAUAGCUGUAAAAGAUGAGCUGGAGAAGUAAAAUCUGGAUUGUUCUAGAGCAUAUCCUUCUAUUGUGUGCCUCAUCUCUUGACAAAGAAAGUCAAAUGCCUGACAAUUCAGAAUCACAGGCAUGAGUGUGACUAUCUUAUUUUGAACAAGGGAUAUGGCUCCCUGGCACCAAACUAAUGAGUCGAAAAGUGAAAAAUACACUCAAUCAGUUUAUUUGGCCACACAAUCUCAGACUAGUUUCAGCUUCCCAGGAAAUGCCACUGUCCUCAGUCUUCAUUUCUCCUGCUGGUGGAGCCAGCAAGGAUCUUGGUUUUUCAUUAGAGAAAGAUUACGUCAAGAGUGGUGUUUCCUGGGCUAUGUUUUCUAGCAUUUGUCAAAUGAAACAACAAAACCUCUUCACAACACCUGUGCGCAUUGGCCAUUCUACAGACAGACAAUACCAAGCAUCUUAGAAUUGUCACAAAAUGGAUCACCGCCUAAAAUAGACCCCGAAGAUCUGAGUCCCAGGAAUCAGCAAGACCUGGACAAAUGGAAUUAAAAGGGAGGUAGAGUCAGGAAGGUACAGGGCUAUCUAGUUAGAGUUUUCCAUCGUGAGAAACCAGUAAGUCUGUGUCUAAAAUUAAACUGGUCUAGUGACAGCAGAUAUCCACUGGGUACUUCUAUGACUUAUCCCUAUUCCCACUGGCCAGGAGCCAUUUCAAUAGCAGAGCAAAUCAAAAUGCUGGCGUUCCCCUUAUUAGAAAGAUGAAGCAUUAACUCAUGGUUAAAGCUAAGUUCAAUGAUUCCCAAAAGAUCACUUCCUUAUUUUUUUGUAUGACAUUGUAUGAAUCUUAAGCAUUAGAGACAGAAGUGUGCCUGUGAAGCAUCCCGGUUCUGAUAUUAGGGAAAUGUGGUCACAUCAUCGGCCUUGGGGCCCUUUUUGCACACAAGGCCAGUUGUCUUCUAUCCAAUGCUCUUUAGCAUUCAAACCAAACAACAUGUGCCCUCCUCAUGAAUGCAUGCUCCUCUCCCUUUGUCAAUAUUCUUCUCUCAGCUUAGUUUCAGGAUAUUUCAUAAUUAAGUAUGAUCCAAAGUGUGUAUGAUUUUAUUUAACAUUACUUAAGGAAAUAGAUCCAGUGCUCCCCUCCUCAACCAAAAAUGAAAUAAAAUAUUGCCUCAUAUAGGGUUUGGGCUAAUCUGUGUUUCUAUAAAAGUAAUCUGUUUUUUGGCAUAACAUAGUUUUAAGGAUCCAAUUAUCUAAGGUAUUCUACGUAUGGUUAGAGAUUUCACAAUAUUGACUAUGCAUUUAUUUAAGAUAUAAAAUAUCCAGUUGAUGUUUGAAUUUGUCUUUUGCUGACUACCUGGUUGUUCCAUUUUAUAAGCUGGGAAGUUAACUAAUUUAGCAAAAGAUGCCUAGCUUUUAUAAAAGAACAAACAUUUCAUUUUAUAAAGACACUCCAAAUGAUGGUUACUUGAUUUUCUCCAGACCUUUACUGUGGUGAUAAAAUAACAGGACUUGCUUUCAAGCCUUAAUAAAUGUAAAUUGCCUUUUAAUGAAGAUAUUGCUGAGUGUUUUCACAUGACUAAACCAGUUAUAAAUUUGUUUCCCAGUCUUGAUUGGUAUUUACUGAUUCAAAUAA